AUGUCUAAUCCACUUGCUGUUGAUGUCCCAACUGCUACCAAAUUGCACAAUGUUGCUCAAUGGCGCUCAAUGGCUCUUCCAGCAGCCACCUUCUCCAAGACUGUUUGAUCAAGAGAAAAAUGGAUUUUCACAAAACUUCCAGCCAUUCAUGAAGAUAGAAAACUCUUGCACAAUUCCUGACGAUCUCCACGAAGAAAUGAUGAGAUUGAAAAGAGAAGAAAAUGCAUUCAAAACGGCUCUUUGCAAGACGUUUCAGCUCACACGGACAUGCUCAGGGAGCAAUGCAAAUUUGCUCACAGUGUAGAUGAGCUGAAGUUAAAACAGAACGUAUACUUUGAGCUCAAGAAUUUCUAAUUUAAGUAUUAAAUUUUUCAGAAUCGUGGAGUCAACCACCCAAAAUAUAAAACUAUGCUUUGUGACAAUUUCUCUAGAACUGGACACUGCAAAUAUGGGACAAAGUGUCAGUUUAUUCACAGAUCUGUUGAGCCAACUCCAGCGCAAAAUCCAUUGCUACACCAGUUUUCUCUGUGGUUUGCUCCUCCAUCGGGUCUUGCUCAAGCAUCUCUUUCCAGCUCCACGACCGACAGAACUGACUUCUCUUAA